CGCUCCUCGCAAUUUGCCGAGCGAAGCUGGGUCGUGAAACUAGCCAUAUUAGUGCCCUCACCAGUGCUCGCCCGCUGCUUCUUCUUCGUAUCGCAUCAUAAACCGCAGGCUGUGGCCGCUUCUUGCCUUCUCCAUCUCGUCUCUCCUUCAAGUCCCAAUCUCUCGCUUUCGUCGCUCGCUUUUAACCCUGCCGCGCCCUUGAGCAUUUGGUCUCAAGCGCCCUCACCACCACUUGCAUUUUCCACCAUCAGGAGCCCGUUUAUAAAAUCAUAACAAACCCUCUACAAACAUGCAUACCCGUUACCUGUUGGGCUCGCUCCUCACGGGCGCUGCUCUGGCCGUCAACACAGUCGAGAUCAAGAACCAGGACUUUGUCGACAGCAAGACCGGCAAGCGUCAUUACAUCAUUGGUGUUGACUACCAGCCCGGUGGACAGUCCGGCUACGACGAGUCCACUGGCAAGGACCCUCUGACCGACGACAAGGCCUGUCUGCGCGAUGCCUCCAUCAUGCAGAACCUCGGCAUCAACACCAUCCGUAUUUACAACAUCGACCCCAACGGUGACCACGACAAGUGCGCGAGUAUCUUCAACGCCGCUGGUAUCUACAUGCUGCUUGAUGUCAACUCUCCUUUCUCUGGUGGCAGCAUCAACCGUGCUGAGCCGUGGACCUCGUACAACGAUGACUACCUGACUCGUAUCUUCAAGAUGGUCGAGGCGUUCAAAGACUACCCCAACACCCUUGGUUUCUUCGCCGGUAACGAGCUGAUCAACGACGUCAAGUCGUCCAAGAUCAACCCGCCGUACAUGAGGGCUGUUCAGCGUGACCUGAAGACCUACAUCAAGAACCACGCCGACCGCCAGAUCCCCGUCGGCUACUCCGCUGCUCAGGUCCAGGAUGUCCUGGAAGACACUUGGCAGUACCUCCAGUGCGCCGUUGAUGGCAAGAAGGACGAGGACAUGUCCCGCGCCGACUUCUUUGGCCUCAACUCGUACUCUUGGUGCGGUGGUGACGCUACUUUCCAGAGCUCUGGCUACAGCGACCUGGUCGACAUGUUCAAGGAGAGCAGCAUCCCCGUCUUCUUCUCGGAGUACGGUUGCAACGAGGUCAAGCCCCGUGUCUUCAACGAAGUCCAGGCUCUGUACGGCGACAAGAUGACCUCGCUGAGCGGUGGUCUUGUCUACGAGUACAGCUGGGAGGAAUCCGAGUACGGUCUCGUCACCAUCAACGACAACAACACCAUCUCUCUCCGCACCGACUUCGAGAACCUGCAGAAGCAGUUCAACAAGCUUGACCUCUCCCUGAUCCAGUCCGCCAACGCCACCGGCACCUCGAUCACUCCCCCGGAGUGUGCCACCAAGCUCAUUUCCGACAAGAACUUCAACUCUGGUAUCGAUGAGUUCAAGGGCAGCUGGGACCUCCCCUCGACCCCCUCGAAGGCUGCCAAGCUCCUCAAGGAGGGUGUCCAGAACGCCAACAAGGGCAAGAUCGUCAAGGUUUCCGACACGGAGAUGCCCUACGCCGUCUACAGCUCCGGCGGCUCCGAGAUCAAGGGCCUGAAGCUCAGCGUUCUUGAGGACGGCACGACCAACAGCCCUGGCGGCAACAGCCUCAACAGCGGCGACUCGACCACCAAGACUGGCAACACGGGCAAGACCACGACUUCUGAUGGCUCUGCUUCCAGCACCACCAAGCAGGGCGCGGCCGGUAAGAUUGGCGUCCAAAGCACUGGCGCGCUCAUCUUCGCCGCCAUCCUUGCCAUCUAUCUUUGCUAAGUUAAGUUGAACAGUCGUUACUACAGUUGUUCACACUAUCUCGGCCUGUCCAUUCAACCCAUGAUGCACCCCUUGUGGUCUGGUUAGCUGCCACUAUGAAUUUUCGAUACUUGCUGGUUAUGUUGGCUGCCUUUGGCGACAACGACAGCCUCUCUUUUGGAUGUUACUAGAGGCUUCAGCACUUUUAUUUUCUCGGUCUUAAGCGACUUUUCUUCUUUCGCACUGCUUGUCCACUGCAGGCAGCGGGUUAGGCUCCUUAGCAUUUUUGUAGAUGGGGUGCUCCUAAUGGAAUAGACAUGCUUAUCCGUGGUACACACAAC